GCAUCGGUUCUGCUCGGGACUCACAAUCUCCCGGACCCGGACAGAGGGAAAGAAACACACAAAAAUACUACUAGCAGAGAAGAUAUACAUUCAGUCCGUAGUACCAACACUGUACCACGAUACACAAUGAUAGAUGUGGGGACUAAGCAAAAGAAAACAUACUAGUAUACGAAAUCUCAAUCCCAAAUCGCUGCUUCCUGAGAAAAUCUCUCUCCCUCUCGCCUCCGCCCGUACCUUUUGCACUUGGCUGCUGCCGCUGCCAAUUCUAUUCCUCCCCACCCGCUGGCGCCGCAUAUAAGUGCUCCGCUCCUCCCUCGUCCUCUCGUAGUCGCGUGUCUCCACCUCCACUACACCGCACCGCACCGCACCGCACCGCACCAUCAGAAGUCCGGCCGGGCCGGGCCGGUGCAAGGAUAGCUGCAGACACGCCGUGACAGCAAUUGCCUCCGGCGAUGUCGGUUUCCUGGCCGGCGCCGUCGACGUGGGCGGCCGCCGGGGCCUUCCUGGCCGCCGCGUGGCUGCUGUGCUUCAGGCUGCUGCCGGCCGCGGCGAGGCCGAGAAGGCGGCUGGCGACGAAGACGGGCGCGCGGCUCCCUCCCGGCAGCUUCGGGUGGCCGGUGGUCGGCGAGACGCUGGACUUCGUCUCCUGCGCCUACUCCCCACGCCCCGAGGCGUUCGUGGAGAAGCGCCGCCUCCGGUACGGCAGCGCGGUGUUCCGGUCGCACCUGUUCGGGUCGGCGACGGUGGUGACGGCGGACGCGGAGGUGAGCCGGUGCGUGCUGCAGAGCGACGCGCGGUCGUUCGUGCCGUGGUACCCGCGGUCGCUGACGGAGCUGAUGGGCAAGUCCUCCAUCCUCCUCAUCAACGGCAGCCUGCAGCGCCGCGUGCACGGCCUCGUCGGCGCCUUCUUCAAGUCGCCGCAGCUCAAGGCGCAGGUCACCGCCGACAUGCAGCGCCGCCUCGCCCCGGCCCUCGCCGCCUGGCGCGAGCAGGGCCCCGGCGCCCGCCUCCGCAUCCAGGACCACGCCAAGACGAUUGUGUUCCAAAUCCUGGUGCGGGGUCUGAUCGGGCUGGAGGCAGGCCCAGAGAUGCAGCAGCUCAAGCAGCAAUUCCAGGAAUUUAUUGUCGGACUCAUGUCCCUUCCCAUUAAGCUGCCAGGGACUAGGCUCUACAGAUCCCUCCAGGCCAAGAAGAGGAUGGCCAGGGUCAUACAGAGGAUCAUACAGGACAAGAGGAGGAGGAGGAGGGCCCUCGACGAGGCGCCGCCGGCGAGGGACGCCAUCGACGUGCUCAUGGGCGACGGCAGCGAGGAGCUCACCGACGAGCUCAUAUCCGACAACAUGAUCGACCUCAUGAUCCCCGCCGAGGACUCCGUGCCGGUGCUCAUCACGCUCGCCGUCAAGUUCCUCAGCGAGUGCCCCCUCGCCCUGCAACAGCUCGAGGAGGAGAACAUGCAGCUCAAGAUGAGGAAAGCUGGCCUUGGCGAAACCUUGCAAUGGACCGACUACAUGUCCUUGUCAUUCACGCAACAUGUGAUAACGGAGACGCUGCGGAUGGGGAACAUCAUCAGCGGGAUCAUGCGCAAGGCGGUCCGGGACGUCGAGGUGAAGGGGCAUCUGAUCCCCAAAGGAUGGUGCGUGUUCAUGUACUUCCGGUCGGUCCACCUCGACGACAUGCUCUACGAGGAUCCCUGCAAGUUCAAUCCAUGGAGGUGGAAGGAGAAGGACGUGAGCGCUAGCAGCUUCACCCCUUUUGGUGGUGGGCAGAGGCUGUGCCCGGGCCUGGAUCUGGCCAGGCUGGAAGCUUCCAUCUUUCUCCACCACUUGGUCACCAGCUUCAGGUGGGUGGCCGAGGAGGACCAUAUCGUCAACUUCCCCACCGUGCGCCUCAAGGGAGGCAUGCCCAUCAGGGUCACCGCCAGAGACUAGCUACCCGGCCGUUAAUCGGACCGUCGUCCAUGAUCAACUCCCCACAGCAGUCAAGCCAGCCAAAGCUCAAGUUACAUGUGCAUAUAUAUAAUGCUACUGCUAAAAGUAUGUGCGGUGUUAUCCAUCCAUGCAUGGCAGGGUUGAAUGGCCCUUCAAGGAGCUAGCUAGCUAGGCAGCAUCUGAUAUGAACACAUAGGUAUGGAUGGGCUUGUAUGUAUAAGUGUGUUGUAGGGGAGGGUUAAUUAAUUAGCCAAGUAGCAGGCGCCACUGAUCAAUGUGGCUUGGUUAAGCAUAGCCGACGAAGACUCUGACCCAUGAUGCUGUUAUAGUAGUAGUACUAGUAGUAAGUAGUAUAGUACUUAUGUCACAAGGAAUAGAUAUCUAUAUAUCUCAUCUCUGUACAUGCAAGAAGUUGCCAUC